GCGGAGGCGGACACCGGAAGUCCUUGCAGAGUUUCCGGGUUUCCCGGGUAACUACGAUGGCGAUGAGUUUCGAGUGGCCGUGGCAGUAUCGCUUCCCGCCCUUCUUUACGUUACAGCCCAACGUGGACACGCGGCAGAAGCAGCUGGCCGCCUGGUGCUCGCUGGUCCUGUCCUUCUGCCGCCUGCACAAGCAGUCGAGCAUGACGGUGAUGGAGGCGCAGGAGAGCCCGCUCUUCAACAACGUCAAGCUGCAGCGGAAGCUCCCUGUGGAAUCCAUCCAGAUUGUAUUAGAGGAGCUGAGGAAGAAAGGGAACCUCGAGUGGUUGGAUAAGAACAAGUCUAGUUUCCUGAUCAUGUGGCGGAGGCCAGAAGAAUGGGGGAAACUCAUUUAUCAGUGGGUUUCCAAGAGUGGCCAGAACAACUCUGUAUUCACCCUGUAUGAACUGACCAGUGGGGAGGACACAGAGGGUGAAGAGUUCCACGGGCUGGAUGAGGCGACCCUGCUGCGGGCUCUGCAGGCCCUGCAGCAGGAGCACAAGGCGGAGAUCAUCACACUGAGCGACGGCCGGGGUGUCAAGUUCUUCUAGCACAGUCCGGCUCCCUGGCUUCUCACCUCCCACUUUGCCAGGGCUCUUGUGUCCCCACAGACUGGAUCUGUGACCCCACUGGACUCUGCAGGCCUCCAGGCCUGAGGCUGGGACACGGGGAUGGUCCCCUGAUCCAUCUGUCUGUCUGGGGACAGGGGAGCCACGGUGCAGGGACAGGAGUGCUUCUCUUGCCCUCCCUCAUGGCCCUGAGCCCCGGUCUCAAACCUGCUGCGCCAGGUAUCACGCACACGGGUGCCUGCGCAGCCUGCUGUGCUCCCGAGCUGCCCCCUCAGUUUGGUGCUGGGCUUCCCAGGGCUGGGGGAGCCCUGGCCCCUGGCACCUUCCAGGCAACAUGAAGACCUUGGGCCAGAGGGCGGGCAGUGAGGCGGGCACUGCUGUCUUAGGCUACUAAAACCUGAACUCCC